UUGAAACUUCCUUUUUGGGGCUGUCUGGCUCACCAGAUGUUUCCUGAACCCACCGUGUUCAUAACUCACUCCCUUCCCUGGUAGUGAAAGGCAAGAGAAGGACGGAGAGAGAGGUAGUAUGUCAUUCACUCUCAGUAAAGCCAAACACACAGAAAGAUACCUGGAGUCCAACUGAUCAAGUCUGGUCUGCACGAGCGUCUCUGCUACAGAGCUGACCAAGGCAUACGGCGGCUGGGAUUCACUUUGGCUGCAGGGACAGAACACUCUUUAACUCACCUGGACAGCACGCAAAGAAACACACAUUAUAAAUUCACUCAUUUUUGAACUGUUCACCUCCUCUUACACUUUUCGAGAGUAAGUGUGAGCUCACAGUCCGGUAUCCUGCUACUUUGCCCGGUGGACAGCCAGUAGUUGGUGAGCCGGUGAUGUCGUGGGACUGUGGCCUGAAGUACAUGUUCUCUGUGUCCCCUGCGCUGCAGCAGGGGAGCAUAUGCAUCCUGCAUGACAAGGAGGACCUGUCCAGACUGGAGAUGGUCCAGAGACUGGCCAAGGAUGGCUGCCGCUUCCUGCAGAACCACAGCAAGGCCCUGGAAAGGACAUGCGAGCCCCAGAGUGACGAGGCAGUCCGCGUGUGUCUGAGGGAGAGGGGCCACGAUGUGCUCGUUCUCCAGAGAGUGUCGUCAGAGCGGCCAGCCCUCGCUGCAUCGGCGAGGGGAGGAGGGAGGGAGGACGACUCAUCAACUGACUCUGUUGUGUCUGACAGGUACGUGGUGGUAUCGGGGACCCCAGAGAAGAUCUUGGAGCACUUGCUGAAUGACCUGACACUUGACGACUACCAGGGAACAACCCAGGGAAAAGAGUCAGAUACACUUCUGGAUGACUUUCUGCUGACCUACCCGGUGUUCAUGUCAACCAGUGAUUUGUGUCAAGCUCUGCUGGGACACUAUUGCACAAAGCGAUGCAGAGGGAAAGAGGACAGGAAGGAGGCACUGGAGAGGAAACGAAAAGUCUUGCACCUGGUGUCACAGUGGAUGUCUCUCUGCAAAGACUUCCUAAGAGAAGACGAGCAUGUCAAACUGUUCAUGAAGACUUUGUACCGUUACGUGUUGGAUGAUCUUUAUGAGCAACCAGCCCUGGAGACGGAUGUGAGGGAACUGCAGAAACUCUACCAGCUGCGACGCAGACAUACGGUGGAUGAAUAUUCCCCUCAAAGAAAGAGCAAGGCACUUUUCCACCAAUUGAGCCUGAAAGAGAACGGGCCCCAGUCCAGAGGCACACGGAGGGAGAACAAGGAGGUGCUGUGUCAUGUGUAUAUCACCAUGGACUCGUACCUCAGUAUGAGGGCCCAUGUUGGUGUAGUGGCCCAGGAGCUGCUGCAGGCAGUGGCAGAAAGGAUGGAUGUCCCCCAGGGGGAACUAGCACUGGUGGCCGUGACUUAUCCUGGAGGUAGGCUCCUCCUGCAGCCUCAGGACAGAGUUUUCUCCAAUUUUCUACAGCCGGUGGGGAGGUUGCACUUGUGCAGGAAGGACCUGGGGGAGGUCUUGUACCCGUUCACAGACAACUCAGAGCUGCAACAGAGGACGGCUCGCUUGCUCAGUUUAAACACAUGGGAUGUGGCUGUUGCCCUCACGAACUUUGACUGGACCAUCUUUGACUCAAUACAUGAGCAAGAACUGGUCUACUUCACCUUCAGUCGCCAUGCCAGCAGUAACCACACUGCGGCAUUAGAGCUGCUGCUGCAGCGCUGCGAUGAAGUCCAGCUGUGGGUGAUAACUGAGGUGCUGCUGUGCCCAACGCUCUGCAAAAGGGUCCAACUCAUCAAGAAGUUCAUCAAGAUCGCUGCCCACUGUAAAGCACAGAGGAACCUCAACUGUUUCUUUGCCAUUAUCAUGGGCCUGAACGCUGCAGCAGUUAGUCGCCUCAGUCAGACAUGGGAGAAAAUUCCUGGGAAAUUCAAAAGGCUGUUUUCCGAGCUGGAUGCAGUUACAGAUCCGUCACUGAACCACAAGGCCUACAGGGACUCCUUCAAGAAGAUGAAGGCACCAAAGAUCCCCUUUCUUCCUCUGCUACUGAAAGAUAUCACGUUCCUUCACGAAGGCAACAAGACGUUUCAUGAUAACCUGGUCAAUUUUGAAAAGCUGCACAUGAUUGCAGACACAGUGCGGCUCAUCCGGCAGUGUCAGAAAGAUCACAUGGGAAAUGGCAUCACCCAGAAGAGCAGCUCCGAAGUGCGAGCCUACAUUGAUUACCUUCAUAUCAUCGACAAUCAGCAGACCCUGUUUGAACUGUCACACAGGCUGGAGCCCCGUGCUUAGAGAGCUGCUCUUACCGUAGUCCCCACCCUUGUCAGCCAGACUGUUGGAUCGCCACGGGAACAAUCUAUCGCUGUCUCAUCUCUCUCUCAGGACUCAGAAGUCAGAGGAACACGGCAAGAUCCUAGCCGACCACAGGAGGGAGCCGCUCAAUUAGGAAACUCUCACCAGAGGCAGGAAUAAGCAGCAAGAGACACAUCUUAGGUUAGACUUAGGUCAACUUGUGCUGCCUGUUGGGAAGAGAAAGCAACACCAGUGGGUCCAGCUCUGUAGGUGCAAACUGCUGCUGCUGAUCCUGCUAUUGUUUUGCUUUCCUACAGGUGGCAGAGGUUGGCAGGUAAAGAACAACCCAAUAGCUCCCCUCUGUGGUGAAUCAGCAGCCUGCAAAAAAAAGAGUUUGUAGGUAAAAUCCUACCCAACCAUUAAAAAUCUACAAAAGAUGAACGUGUAAACAAAGUGUUGAACAUGGAAGCUCAUUCUCCAGAAUGGGAACAGUACAAUGGACGAAAAGGUCCACUUACUAGCCUUUUCAGAGCUUUUAACACAGGUCAUGUCACAUGCAUUGAUUAAGAUUAUUAGAUGCAGAUUGACUCAUGUUACAUGAUUUCGUAUUUACAGACAGUGUGAACCCAUUUGGCGCCAGAGGGUUGUUUCAUUAGAUUUAACCAAAGAGUAUUUCAGUCCUAUACCGUGCGCACACCUCUGUUUUCUCAGUUUGACACGAUCCAGAUGUUCUGUUUGCCUGAUGUUGGACAUGCAGUCACUUCUGAAUCAGUACAAUCCACAAGCUGAUGUCUUGCUAAACUGAACUAAUUCUACAGAAACAGUAAAAAAGGAUUGUUAAACCUAUAGUUAAAUAUUUAACAUUUUCAUAUAUUAUUUUCAUUAUCUAUUUUUACAUAGCAGAAUUCUCUUACCAUACGGUUUCCCACUGUUUUAAGUGCAGUGUAUUAGAUGAGACUUUACAAAAUUCAUAUGGUAUUAGUGCAGGGAAUUAGAAACUGAUAUACAGUAUACUGUAUUUGUUUGGUGUGUGUGUGUUUGUGUGAAACGUUGUGUCUCUCUGUGUGUGAGCUAUAACCCCGUACAUUAGUGCCAAAUACCAUAAAAAUGCCCAUUCAAGGUAAUGCUAAUUGCUCAUCUUUUUAAAAGCAUUUGCGUGAGGAUCUCCAUGUAGUUGAAGUGCGGACAAUCAGUGAAAUGGCACAGCAGAUGCAUUCUGUUACAUCUCUGUGUUGGUCUUUAAAGUUCAGGUUAAAACACAAUACAAGGCAUUUUUUUCCUCGUAUCAGGGGAUCAGCUAGCCACAUAGUUUUGGUACGAUGGUACCAGAAAUUAGCAUUUGGAAAACUCAGUAGCGACAUCUCUCCAAAGACGGCAACGUGGUGACUCACAGCAACCCACACUAACCCUUCUUGUGAACAGUUUUUUUGCUGAGAACUGCUUUCUAGUUGAACCAAAUGUAACUCAGCUUGGACACUGAGCUACAGGCUGACCGAUAUUAUACAGGAAAAAUGGGUUUUAUUGUGUUUUUUGGGUGAAGUGUCCCAAUAAAUAAAGAGCAAUAGCAAAAUCAAAUACUGCAGCACCUUCUGAACAAAAAUAAGUACAGGAAGAAAAAUAGAAGCCAUUUGCUUAUGUACAAUGUCUAGUAUUACCACUGUAUACAACUGUAUAGUGUGUAGUCAUAGAAGAUACAGUAUUUAUUGUCCAAACUGGUCAACUGAAAAUGCUCACUUUUGCCCCAAGGUUAGGCCAUUUUCAGUAGGCGUUGUGAAGUGCUGUAGAUGGAAUGUUGCAUUAUGUUCUUGAAAUUUUAUUUGUAUAUUUUUGGAUUUUAAGGCUCACGGUGAACAUGGAAAUAGCGUGCUUUAGAAGGAAUCUAUCUUAUUUUGAAUUUCAUUUUUAUCAUCAACAAUGUACAGUUGAUUUUAUUUAUACUGUAUAUAUAUGUUGAAAUUCCGGAUACAUAAAUUUAUUUAUUUCAGAACUAUUUAUUUGUUCUAUAGAUAUUAAUUCAGUUUAAUUACUGUUUUUUUUUUGUACACACUGUUUUGGUUGGUCUGCAUGAUGUGGCAAACCAUGGAGUGACCACCAGUGUCAGCUGUGCAUGCAAUAAAAUAUUUUACAUCGUCACGAGCCAGUUAUUGUUUAAGGUUGUGACAUUCAGAAUUCAUUCCAACA